UCUAUUUAGAAUUUUCGUACAAAUGUGACAACAAUGAAAAUUAUUUUACUUUAGUUGUGGUUUUAGUUAGAAUGGCAGCAGAAUUUGGAUCAGAUCCUGGUAGCAGAAUCAAAGGUUUAACCAUUGUGAAGCCAAUUAUUUAUGGAAAUGUGGCCAGGUACUUUGGUAAGAAGAGAGAGGAGGAUGGACACACUCACCAGUGGACAGUUUAUUUGAAGCCAUACAAGAAUGAGGAUAUGACCUCGUAUGUAAAGAAGGUUCAGUUUAAACUUCAUGAGAGUUACCCGAAUGCAAACAGAGUCAUCGUGAAGCCACCUUACGAAGUCACUGAAACUGGCUGGGGAGAGUUCGAAGUUGUGAUUAAGAUUUUUUUUAAUGACCCCAACGAAAGACCAGUGACGAUAUAUCAUCUCUUGAAGUUAUUCCAGUCUGAAACCGACAUCAUGUUGGGCAAAAAAUCUCUUGUCUUGGAAUUCUACGAUGAAUUGGUUUUUCAAGACCCAACUCCCAUGACGCAGCACAUGUUGACAAAUGUGCGACAGAUUUCCAUCGGAGCGUACAAGCAUGACGUCGACUUUGAGGAGAAGAAGGAGAAGACCCUGCACAACAUCAUGUCGGCGAAGAGCAAGAUCCGCUACGAGAUCUCGGAGCUCAACGAGAGACUGAAGCAGAGCAAGGAGCUGAUCAAUAAACUCAAGGACGACAUCGUCAAGAAGGAGAAGGACGACAAACCCAGCAUCAAGAUAGAACCCAUUUUCGCGUAACCGUGGUAACACAGGAACAAUGGUGCAGUGUAAUGAUAGAACCCAUUUUCGCAUAACCGCAGUAACACAGGAACAAUGGUGAAGUGUAAGGAUAGAACCAAUUUUCACGUAACCGCAGGAACAAUGGUGAAGUGUAAGGAUAGAACCCAUUUUCGCGUAACCAUGGUAACACAGGAACAAUGGUGAAGUGUAAGGAUAGAACCCAUUUUCGCUUAACCGUGGUAAUGCAGGAACAACAAGCAUAAAAAAUAGAACCCAUUUUCGAGUAACCGUAGCAACGCAGGAUGCAGCAUAAAAAUAUAACUGAUUUUCGCAUAACCAUGGCAAUGCAGGAACAGCGGUGAAGCGUGGAAAUAUUUUUGCAUAACCGUAGUAAUGCAGGAAUUGUGAAGCAUAAAAAUAGAUCUGAUUUGCAUGUAACCAUGGUAAUGCAGGAACAGUGAAGCAUUAAGAUAAAACCAAUUUUCACGUAACAGUGGAAUGACAGCAUUGGAAAUUGUAGCAUCACUGAUGGUUGUAAGAACAUCAGAAAAAACAAAAUAAAAGAGGAUGAAAAAAGGAGUAUUAAAAUGGAACCUGUAUCUGCAAAACCGUGGUAACACAGUAAUUUCACCGGCGUCAUGGUUAAGCCAUUGGCUAUAUAAGGCUGGCAGGUACAGGGUUCGCUGCCCGGUACCGGCUCCCACCCAGAGCGAGUUUUAACGACUCAGUGGGUAGGUGUAAGGGCACUACACCCUCUUCUCU